AUGGCCUCCUACGGCCAUCACGCGGCCGCGGCUGCACCCCGACCAGCGCAACCUGCCAACUACCCAGUUCCCGUGCCAGGACACGCCUCAGCAGCCCCAGCUGGUACCUUCGCCCCUGGUACCAAGAUUCAGGUCGGCUCCCACCGCGUCGUCAUACAGAAAUAUCUCUCCGAAGGUGGCUUUGCCCAUGUCUAUCUCGUCAAGCUCCCCAAGCCUCUCGACGGUACGGACCUGGCAGUCCUCAAGCGGGUUGCUGUGCCUGACAAGGAGGCGCUUCGCUCCAUGCGCAUCGAGGUCGAGACGAUGAAAAGGCUCAAGGGUCACCGCAUGAUCGUCACAUAUAUCGACUCGCACGCUUCUGAGCUUCGAGGUGGUGGCUUCGAGGUUUUCCUCCUCAUGGAGUACUGCAACGGCGGUGGCUUGAUCGACUUCAUGAACACCCGGCUCCAACACCGGUUGACCGAGCCCGAGAUCCUCCACAUCUUCACCGACGUGGCGGAGGGAGUUGCCUGCAUGCACUACCUAAAACCUCCGCUUCUGCAUCGCGAUCUCAAAGUAGAAAACGUCUUGAUUCUGAGCCAGGGGUCCAAGAAGAGGUUCAAACUUUGCGAUUUCGGUUCAGCAGCACCUCCAAAGCCCGCGCCCCAGACAGUUGUCGAGUGUAGGCUCCUGGACGAGGAUGUGCAGAAGCACACAACCCUGCAAUACCGGAGCCCGGAGAUGAUUGACGUCUACAGAAAACAACCCAUUGACGAAAAGUCGGAUAUCUGGGCCCUCGGUGUCUUGCUGUAUAAGCUGUGCUACUACACGACCCCCUUCGAGGACCAAGGCCAAUUGGCCAUCUUGAACGCAAGCUUUCGGUUUCAUAGUCACCCAGUCUUCUCUGACAGGCUGAAAAAGCUCAUAGCUUCUAUGUUGCGGGAAAACCAGCAGUCGAGGCCCAAUGUCUAUCAGGUAUUACGAGAGGCUUGCGCCAUGCAAGGCCGCGAGGUUCCAAUACAUGAUAUCUACGCCGCCAGGGCGCAAUCCGAGCCUCGACGCAGCGACAAACCACAGCUGGAAAAGUCAACGCCUCCAGUUGUUGGCGCUGUCUUCUCCCCACCGCCGCAAGAGACGCAAACUAUCCCUGAGGUGGUUCCUAUGAGAAGGGGCAGGCUUCCAGUCGCCUCUACGCAAUCAGCCUCUCAGUCUCAACGACCAAGUCCAUCGCCUGGUCGUGUCACCAGCGGCGAUCCAUUCGCUGCUCUCGACGCCAAAGCGAACAAUAACACCGGGGGAGGCGACGAGCUUUCGUCUCGCUUUCCCACGCUUGAUCAAUUUUCCCUUCUUCACAACAACGGUGGAGGGAGCUUUGACUUUACCUCUCCGGCAACACCCCCGGCUGCACAGCAGAGUGAUCUCAAACAGAAGGUUACUGAACAUCUGGCGGACGAGGCUUUCGCAAAGCCCUCCAGCCCCCCUGAAGCAACUGCGAGCAAUCUCCUCGCAAUCCACACAGAAGUAUGUUUCAACUGGUACCAUGACAUCUACACCACCGCCAUCCGACAAGGCGCGGGAGCCACCAGCGAUCUGGCGAGUACCAUCUACCGAUCACCAUCGAUCUACAAGUCUACCACGUAA